AUGGGGUUUUGCAUUGUUUCUGGUCGAGGCGUCGUGGCUUUCCACUGGCUUGUCGUUGUCGAGCUCGUUCAGAAUCACCUUGGCAAGAACCUUUCCGAGCUCCACACCCCACUGGUCGAAAGAGUUGAUACCCCAGAUGGCUCCCUCGACAAAAGUCACGUGCUCGUAGUAAGCAAUCAGAGAUCCAAGAGUGGCUGGAGUGAUCAGCUGCGCCAGAAUCGAGGUGGUUGGUCUGUUACCCGAGAACAUCUUGUGGGGAACAAGGUCGCCCUUGACUCCCUCGGCCUCGACCUGCUCCUUCGUCUUUCCAAGCAUCAAAGACUCGGCCUGGGCAAAGAAGUUGGAAGCAAGCAUCCGUUGGUGCAAGUUACCUUCGAUAGGGUUGUGGGACUUGGCGGCCAGGAUGAAGUCGGUUGGAAUGAGCUUGGUACCUUGGUGCACCAAUUGGAAGAAGGAAUGCUGGGCGUUGGUGGUUGGUUCUCCAAACAUCACGAUUCCGGUCUCGUAGUUGACAAACUUGGAGUCCUUUGUAACAGACUUACCAUUGGAUUCCAUGGACAGCUGUUGCAAGUAAGCUGGGAAUCUGUGCAGGUACUGAUCAAAUGGUGCAACCAACUUGGUUUGAGCGCCGUGGAAGUUGUUGUACCAAACUGUCAACAGUCCACCAAUAAAUGGAAUGUUCUUCUCGAUAGGAGUGUUCUUGAAGUGGUGGUCAACAGCUUGAGCACCUUUCAAGAACUUCUCAAAGUUCUCGAAACCAAUGUACAAACACACAGAGGUUCCAAUGGCAGACCACACAGAGUAUCUUCCACCAACCCAGUUCUCGAAACCAAACAUGUUCUUGGUGUCGAUACCGAACUUGGCGACCUCAGAAGCGUUGGUACUGAGAGCGACGAAGUGCUUAGCAAUGUGUGCCUGGUCCUUGGCCCUUUGCAAGAACCAGUUCUUGGCGGUGUUUGCGUUGGCACAAGUUUCAGCAGUGGUGAAAGUUUUGGAAGCAACCAAGAACAAGGUGGUCUCUGCGUCACACUUCUUCAAAGUCUCGGCAAUAUGGGUACCAUCGACGUUGGAAACAAAGUGCACCGACAGUCUUGGGUGAGCCACAGAGUCGACCUCUGGAGUGACAUUGACGUUGUCAACGUACAUGGCGUUCAGGUCUCUGUUUCUAAGGGCAACGUGGUAGACGGCUCUGUCCUCUGUGGUGUUGAUAUGGUCACCAGCAAACAUCUCGUCUCUGAGCUUCUCGACUUUGGCCUCCUUUCCCAACUCGACAAGAGCGCUGAGGAUCUUCUCGUCGAUCAGGUUCUUGGAGAAAUCGAACAGAAUCUGAGACCCAUCAAAGUUCUCAAAAGUGUGGGAGAACUUGGCGAAUCUCUCUGGGUCAGAAGCGAAAGCAUCACGAGUGGAGUAGGUUUUUCCGUAAUCCUCGUAGAUGGCCUGGAGCUUUUUCCAGGCUGGUAA